GGACGGCGGAGUACCAAGAUACAGAGGCGUUCUGUUUGGGGCGUAUUACCGAGCAACGAAACAGCAGUAAUGAGCGAUGAUGCUGCGUCUCCAGAACUACUGGGCCUGUCUGAUGGCCUAUCACAAGCGUCAUACAUGCUGUCUGGAAUCACCAACGCCUCCCAGGUUCCCUUAGCGACUUCAAACGGUGCAGAACUUAGCGAAGUCAUUCAAGCUAAGGAGGCCGUGGAGGAAGGCAACGUUACGACCGUGGUCAGGAGCCUGGUCAGGAGCCAGGAGGUUGAAGCCAGCGCGCGCUCCGUAGCUAGCCACCAGCUGGCUUCACAGGAAAAACAGUCUGGGAGGACCCCAGUUACUUCGAAUAGCGAAAGCGCAGCUUUGGAGGCAGAAGAAGAUAAAGACGAUUCAGGAACAGGGGAGGAGAAGGAUUGUGAAGUCUCGCAAGUCUACAGUGGGGACGAAAGGCAGGGUGCUCCAUGCUCUGCAGGUCCGGCCGCCCUGGAUGAAUUGAGGGAUGAGUCAGUUGAAGAGGCAGAUAUCAUGGAGCAUUCGAACGAACCGGUGUCUGAAGAUACAGACCCUUCAGAACUCAUUGGCAAGAUUCGAUCGUUUUCCCCGGGAGAGAAAGCGGGGAACCCUAUCCCGCUUUUUGAGUUAUUUCGAGACAUACGAGAAAUUGCUUUUCGAGCAAUGAGGACGGAAGAAAUUGCAUUCCUGCUUCCACGGGACAUUCAGGCGCUAUGCUUUGAAAGAUUCCGUCAAAUCUCGGCUAUCGUACUACAGGGAGCGGGCGUGACGGAAACGGAGCCGUGGGUCAAUGUUGUCACGGAGUUAUUUGCCAGUUUCAAAGCAUUGUUGGAUUGCACCAAGGCAAGCUCAUUGACUCGGAUGUCAACCGAUACGGGGACAUGGCGAGAAGAGGCUUCAAAUACUUUAAGCAGUUUCGUACCACUGGUGGAUCAUCUUCUCAGCCGCUACGGGCAAAAUGCCGAACUGUACCUGGCGGCGUGCAAAGGCUAUUGUAGCUUACUUGAGUUUGCAACCGGGAGUCACGAGUCUUUCGUUCUCACUAUCGCGUGGAAACAAUGUGCACGCCUAGCGCAUUCGUCUCCGGAACAAACCUCCGAAUUGAAUCUGAUCGCGCUGAAUGGUCUUUCGAAGUCUUAUGCCAUGCAUAUUCGUACGCUUCAAGAUGCACAGACAGCGGAGAUGAAUAAGUGUAACGGUCUCGGCAAAUGGUAUCUGACACAGCUAGGCGCAUUUCUGUCCGGCGGGCGCACUCUGAUAUGUCGACAACAGUUGCCCUUCAUAAUCAGGAUGCUUCGAAUGACAUGCACUUUGCUCUGCCAGGAAACACUACGCAUCGAUCCGACAUCUGAGGCGCUGAUGUCAUGCCUCAUCAAGAUGUUGACAUUCCUCUUCAAAUCUCCGAAAGUGGACGAGACGAUGAAACGACUCCUUUUGGAAGAAUGCUUUGAGAGCAUUAUCAGUCCUUCCGAACCGGAUCCGAUGAAUGAUGCCGAUGGCACCACCACCGCAGGGAAGGCCUUACUGGUAUCACUAUUGUUCCGGUACAUGGCAUGGGGCACUACCGAUGAGCAAUGCGCCUUUCUCCUCGGCGACACACCCAUGUCGCUUCAGGCGGUCUUUGGUGUCUUAUCGGAGGUCGAUUCGGCACUGCUCAACUGUUCCGAAGGUUCUCGACCAUCUUUGUACGCCGAAUAUCUGACUGGUAUUUGUGUCUUCACCCAUACGUUGUUCCCGGAGGCGUUUGCGGAAUUGGAGCGGAUCCUAUUCAUGGAAUGGUUGAGGCCUGGGUCUGCGUCUACUGGGAUUUUGGUGGGAGACCUGUUAACAUAUAUUGCGGAAAACGGCCCAGCAAGCGUAAGAGAAACCUGGAAGUCACAGCUCUUCCCACAGAUGAUUGGAAGCCUGAAAGAAUUUCCGAAAUUGCGUUCACGAAUGAAAUCUCUCUCGGGCAACAUUUUUGGAGACUACCCGGUCGAUGCAGCAGCUCUGUCACCAGCGACUGAUCUCGACGAUGGCUGGUUGGAAAGCGUAUUGGACCAUUGGGCAGGAGCUUCCUGCGUAACUAAGGAGCUCCUGCAGUCGCAAGGAACUCUCGUUCUAGAUGCAUGCGAUCUCAUCUUCCGGCAAGUACUCCUUCGAAAGGGAGAUUCGGAAUACGUACGAUGGCUUAGCGCCCUCCAUCUAGUCCUGGAGAGCAUGGGGACCCUCGCUAAAAGCCUAGACACGCUGAAUGGAGAUCCUGAAGUGGCCAAGUUCCGCCCGCGCCUAGUAAAUAUUCUACGACUGCUUCCCAACGUGAUUAGAAGUACCAGUGAGCCUGCUCAGGUCGCUGCCUCCGCAACGGAUGAGAAUACCAUGGAGAAGAUCGUGGAUGGGAUCAACAGGGCAUUGCACCUUGCAACGAGCGCGGUGAACCACUUCGAGCCAGGAGACAUUGACCGUCUCUUGGGCACAUUGCAUGGUCACCCUUUGAAGGGUUACUUUCCAGAGACAGCAGUUCUCGAAUUGCUUGCCGCCAUUGGUCCCUUCAGCACCGAUGAGACGCAAAAAUAUGCCGCCAUCGCAUACAAAGAAGCACUGGAGAGCGAUAAUUGGGCAGUGGUUUACUCUGCAUUGCAAAGCCUAGUCCACUUCUCCGCUGCCUCGCCGAGAGGUCCCCCGAAAAUGAUUGCGGCUCAUAAAGUCAUGGUUCGAAACUUUAUCAAGAAAGUGCCUUUUGCAUUUGAUGGGAAAAUGGCGUAGCCGUUUAGUGUAGAGGGGUAGACAUGAUUUGAUUGAGAUAGAGGUAGAUCGAUAACGUUGUGACGGAGUCUCCUAUUUUGUGUCGUAUCACUACUGGGAUACUGCUAACUGAACACAUACUACCUAACUCUGACUUGGCAUCGAUGAAGUGUGCGAACAAAGAAG